UUCAAUAAAGUGAUGCUUAGAACUUGCCAAGAAGAACAAGUACUAAUUCCUGUCCACCUCCAUUGUUACCUUAAGAGCAGCUCUCUCCAUAGCAACUGAACACUUUUCAAGGCAGCAAUAAACUAAUCCUCUCCAGCUUCCAGAGCACCAUCAAGAAUUUUAAAAACAUUGGACUUUCAGUGGCGAAAUACUUCUGUGGAUUCAAAAGGCCACAAAGCUAGAUACACAAGCAUUCUUACUCCCUUCAGAAGAUUCCUCAGGUUUCAAGUUUAAACUGUGAAGUGCAAACAACACUCCAACACUCAGUGCAGCUCAGGAGCUGCAGGAAGAGGAGAUGUGCUUUCUGAGCAAGCACCCAGCUCUUGGGGUGGUAUGUUCCGCUUUCCUGCUCAGCGUGUUCAUUGCUGAAGGACAGCUUGGGGAAGAGCACAGGCAGGAUGGCAGCUCUGCUCCCAGCCGAGGCUAUCUGAUGGAAGUUAUACGCCUUCUUUCAGCUGACAACCCUGAGCUCCACACAAACCACUCACGAGAACUGGUCAAAAUGGUGCUGGAAAGAGCUGAGUGCCCACAGCGGAUUUAUGGCAUGCAAGAAGAUUGUAAUCUGUGCCUUGAACCAGAAGCUAUGUUGCUUAUAGCUGGUGGAGAUUUAGAAGAUCAUCUCAGUGAAGAAGUAUUUGAGAGAAUUUCUCUUGUUCUUCUCUACUACAUUCUUCAUCAAAGAGAUGUGUGUUCUUCAAAACUCAACUUGAGUAAUAAGGAUUAUAAAUUUUACCUAAAGAGUAUGCUCAAUUUGAGACAUGAUGAAGACUGUUAUUAUUUUUCACGGAAUGAAACAGAAGACAUUUUGGCUGCAGUAAAGCAACAUUUUAAAACUCCUGAAACCCAGUGUGUUGAUGUGAGUACACUGGAGAAAAAUGCUGAUAUAAUGGACAGAGAUGGUGCUGAUGAAAACACUCUUCCACGCUUGGCUGCUUUGAUUAUUACUUUGGCUCUCCAAGGAGUCUGCAUGGGAAAAGCAAGCUUGCCCUCCCCAGAAUUCUUUAUAAAAUAUAUUUUCAAUUCUUUAAACAGUACCACAGAGCUUCAAGUGACAGAACUGGAACAACUCCUCAGUGUGCUUACAGCCAGAAAGUCCUGCACUGUAAAUGGACAAUUCCAGAGUUACAAAAGAAGACAUUACGGUAUGACAAGCACAGGUACUAGAGCCAGGAAUAUUCCAGUCAAAGCAAACUAUACAGAAGAAGUCUAUCUGAAAGGUUAUUAUAAAGAUCACAGGAGUAACACAAAUUGGGAUCAGGUUUGUUUCUCUGCUGAUGAACUUGUGAACAUAUUUUUAAAAAACAGUUCUUCAUCUAUUUCCAAGGAGCACUUCAAGCAAAUGAGCCCAGCAAUCGUUCAGCAACUAUUAAGUUGUUCAUGUCAGCUUCCUGAAUACAAGCAGACAAAACUUCCACCAACAACUCUGGAAAAAUAUGGUUACAGCACUGUUGCAGUUUUACUUAUUACUGUUGGAUCUAUGUUUGGCACAUCCCUAAUUUUAUUUAACUCCUGUCAAGAAAUCUAUACGCUCAUUUUACAGCUGUUUGUUGGUUUGGCAGUUGGGACCCUUUCUGGAGAUGCAUUGCUACAUCUUAUUCCUCAGACUCUUGGUUUACAUAAACAUGAAGCACAAGAGGUAGAACAUUUCUAUGAGGGAAAAGAAUAUAUUUGGAAACUUUUGGGAAUGAUUGGAGGGAUUCAUGGAUUUUUUCUGAUUGAAAAAUGUUUCUUUCUUUUGGUAACACCACGUGAACAGCAGGGCCUUUCUUUAAUUAAUGGGCACUGGGAACAUUCCCAUGAUCUUCCAGUGGAAUCUGAAUUAAAUGAACAUUCAGGCAGAGACAAAUCUACUUCAACCAUACAGUUGAGAAGCCCAGAAGAUUCUGAAUCUGCUGAAGUUCCUCCAAGCAACAAGGUGAUCAGCACAAAAAAUAAGAGAAUUAGCUUGUUAGCAAUCAUGGUUUUGGUGGGUGACAGUCUACACAAUUUUGCUGAUGGCCUGGUAAUAGGAGCAGCAUUCUCAUCCUCAACAGAAACAGGUGUGACAACGACUAUUGCUAUUUUAUGCCAUGAAAUUCCUCAUGAAAUGGGGGAUUUUGCUGUGCUACUGAGUACAGGGCUCCCCACGAAGAUUGCAAUUUUGAUGAAUUUUAUAAGUGCACUAACGGCGUUCUUAGGACUUUAUAUUGGCCUUUCUGUAUCAACGGAUCCAUGCAUUCAAAACUGGAUUUUUACAGUUACAGCUGGAAUGUUCUUGUAUUUAUCUUUAGCAGAAAUGCUUCCUGAAAUGACUCAUAUUCAGACACGGCGACCCUGGUUGAUGUUUCUUCUACAGAACCUUGGAUUACUACUAGGCUGGCUUUGCCUCUUACUCCUGGCUAUUUAUGAACAGAAAAUUAAAAUAUAAGUUUUCUUUCGGAACUCUUGAAGUACCACUUAUGACAGUGGAUAGUGCCGUUCAGUUUUGUCAUGUCUGCCAUAGCAAUAUAUAAAUUAAGUUUUUGGGAUUUUUAUAUCUGAACAGUAGAUAACUAUUUCAAUUUAUUAACUUAUUCUUCAGACUUUGGAUUUUUUUUUUCUUUUCUUUUCUUUUUUUUUUUUUUUUUUGUAAACAUAAAUAUUUAGAAAUAUGCUUUAUUUGUUACUGAGUUUCUCAGACCCCUAUGCUCAAACUCACAGGAGAUCCUGUUUGGUUUUUAUUGAGACUGUUCUACUCGGAUGCUCUCAGUGAUUGCUACCAGUCUGAUCGAAGAAAAGAAUAAAGCACAUUUAAAUGCAAUAAUUAAAGUGGACUAACCAUAGUUGCAUAAUUUGAAGCAGAAGACUUUGUUAUCUCUUAGUACAAGAAAUAAAUGUAUUUAUAUAAAACUAAAAUGUAUAACAAAACUAAAAUUUUAAAUUGCGUACAGCAGUCUGUUUAUAGUAUCUGCCUUAUUUACUUCGACAGCAUAAUGAUCCUUGGUUGUCUUGCUAGUCCGGUGUAGCAAGUAAAAAUGAAACUUUCUUGACCUAGAAAUAUGGCUUCUUUCCCUCAACAUCCCUUCCAGCCUUCUCAAAUCAAGGGAAUCCUCGAACUAGAUGUUGCUUUUAAGCCAUCAUUAAUAAACACCAGUAGUACCUUCCAGCUGUGCCCACAUAGUGACUGUCUCCUUCUAACCUGAGGGCUUUUUUGGUGUAAUUAGUCCUCUUGGUUCCAAGGGAAUUCUGCAUAAAUUACAGAUGACUCGUUUAAUUUUGCAUUGCAGAAUUAACCCUGAAACAAAUAUAAAAAUUCUGUUCUAAUUCUGAGGUGCUGAGCAGCUUCCAGAAGAUACCAAGCAACAUUCAGCACUGUGAUGUCCAUUACUUACACACUAUCAGUUGUAGGCCUAAGAAACCCUCCCCUGUCUAACAUGUUUUAAUGUGAGAAUUGAAAUGCAUUCCUUCUCCCUGCUCUGAUGAACUGUGGAAACAGGGACAGCAAGUUACAGAACAAAUUUUCUUUAUGCAAGUAAGUGCAUCUUUUCCUUCCUUGUCUUAGUCUGCCUUGAUAAAAGACUACAUCAUGACACUGUA